AUGAGGACGGUCUUGUUUCUUAGAGGCCAGGCUGUGCGAACUUGGAGUCACGCAUCUCAAAGCAGGGUCCUGAACUGGUGGAAUCUCCGCAUGCCAACCGACGGAAAUCCAACCCUAACCACGGACGCCUGUGUGCCUGAACGCACGUCCCCCGACCAUACCCGCAGUUGUGCACGUCGCUUCCCGUGCUUCAUCUACGCUUGA